AUGGGUGAAGAUAUCACCUAUGAGGAACAUGUUGCUCUCAACAACAUGCGCCUCAACUCAAUUCGGGCUGUAAGUUUUUUUCAAAAAAUCAAAAAAAAAAUUAAUUUUAUCUCAAAUUCUGAUCAAUGCCAAUUAUUAUUUAAAACCUGUUUUUCCCAAAUUUUCUUGAAUUCAAAUCUGCUCUGAUCUACAGUAUCUUUCACAAAAAUUAUAUGUAAUUUAUUAGAAGACAACAAAAAAAAAAUGGAAAAUGAUUGAUCAAUCUGUCUUGGAAUGUUUCUGGUUUUGAUUUUGAUUUCUGCAAGAAAAAUUGGGGGUUUAGAUUUUUGGGCAUUGGAGAAGGUUAAAGGAAUAUUUUUAGGGAGAUUAGGAAAUUUUUGGAUUUUUUUUGGAUUCGGAAAAGUUGAAGGUUUUGAGAAGAUUUGGGAUCUACCUUUUCUAAAUAAACUGGAAUUUGAAACACUUUUCGGAAAUGAACAUAAAUUUUGUUCACCUGAAAUUACACUAAUCCUAAUAGCUUACAAAAAUUCCUUGAAGAAUUUAAAAUGAAAAAAGUUCCAAAAUUAUUUUAUUUUUCGAGUUUCAAACUUACCUCAAAAAUUAAAAUUAGUUCAAUUUUCUUAUUUUGAAACCUCAAAACCUCAACUGUGAAAAUUUGAAACUAAAACUUCUAGAAAAAAAAAUUGAAAAAAAGUUCUUUUUUCCAGAGUCUCUCGGAUGUCUUGACUUUUUCACAAGCUUGUGUCGAACUCACAAAAUGGUGUUCGGAUCAACGAGCUUUUACACCGCAUUUCGAGGACAAUCUAUUGGCAACUUUGCAAGUCGCCAUGGAAAACGGAACCAAAGAAACUUUUGAUUUCAAUUUAACACAUCAAUUGAUGACUGCCUGCUUUUCGCAUCGAAAACAUUUAUCAAAACUCUCAGCGAGUGAGUUUUGGGAUGGGAUCUAGAUCUAUAGAACAGGAUUGGAUUCAGAGAUUUUUUUAGUAGAGGAACUUCUACAAUUUUCCUCUACUGAAAUUCAUUUUUGAAAAUUCUCCGAGAACUUUGGAUUCUGGAGUUCCAAAUCCUCAAAAUUCCAAUAUUUUCCAGAUCGCAUAAAUCGAUGGUACGAACAACUUCGACGGAUGAAGAAAAACGGCGGGCGACGAAAAAGAGCCCCACCUAAAACCACCAGCACCCAAUCCGAAAACAAUAAUUUUGUUGUUGAAACGUGAGUUCUUUUUUUAAUUUUUAAUUUUUUCCUCAAAAAUCUUAUCGAUUCUCUCUCUUUCUUCUUAAUUUCAGACUUCUUAUCAUUAACAAAAAAAAAUACUUUUUGUUAUGGAAUUUUCAUUGAAAAAUUGUGUUCACAAAGAUAACGGGGCGGAUUGAUCAAUUUUUGAAAAUAAGUAGAAAAAAUUUAGGAAAAAGGUCACGCGCAAUUAUUUCUUUGUUAUCAAAAAAAAUCAGGAGCCGCAUAUUUUUUUGAAAAAAAUUCUCAUCAAUAACAAAAUUCGGUUAGCAAAACAAAAAGUCAUUUUGAACUUUUCGCUUUUUCUGAAAAAAAAAUAUAAAGUUAAUCAGAAUCUAAUUUCCUGUGGGGCAUUUUUUGUCAUUUGGGAGAAGCUAGUAGGUCUGAAAAUGUUCUAGAACUUUUUCGGAACAAUUUUCUAGUUGAUUUUCUUCAGGAUAACUUGUGCUAAAUCGAUAGUAUUAAGGUGCCCCGGGAAAAUUGAAAUUUCAAAAAAAUUCUAGAUUCACUACAGUAACCCUAAUAAAUUCGGAACUCCUUGAAAUUCUAAAACCUCAAGAGUACUGUAGUUUUUCAGUUAUAAAAUUCUCAAGUCUACAGUAAUCCUAAAAUUUUUCCGAUUCUUGGAAGAAGUUUCUACAGUACUCCUACAGUAGCUCAAAGUUUGGCUUUGAGAAACUACAGUAAUCUUUUUCUACGUGUCUCCGAAUUUCUACUGUACCUUUAAAAAUUCAACUACCGUAACCCAUAGCUUUGAAAUUCUGUCUAGUAACUUCCACAGUACCCCAAACUUCUCCAAUCCCUUCCUAAAACACGUGACACCCUCUCCUCUGUCAUCCUGCUCAUGAGACACACGACAAAAAAACAAUGAUGUUAGCACCAGUCGUCGUCAGAAAAGGGGCCCCUCGAAAUAUUCGGUGUGCCUUCUGCCUCCUCCUCUUCUCCAUCUUCUUAUUCCACCACACACAAAAAAAGUGUAUAUGCUUCGAAUGAGUGCCAAAAAAAGUCAUGAGAGACGCAGAGAAACAAUGUUGUGUGUUCGCCUUCUUUUCUUGUGGUAUAUGCUGUUUUCAAGCGCGCACACGCUUGCCUACUCUGCGUCUCUAACCUCCUCCUCUCUCCUCCUUGUCUGGCAUGUCUGCCUGCCUAAUGUAAGAUGCGCGUGUAUAAUAUGAAUGCGAGUGUUAUAAUAUUUUUUUCUGUAUAUAUAUAUAUGUGUAUGUCUCUGUGUUUCUUCAAUAUUAUCUUUUCUCCUCGCUUUUUUUGCACUUUUCAACACGAUUAGGAAAUCUCUUAUCCUUUUUUUUUGAAAAUUUUUCCAAAACAAAAAAUAUUCCAAGCUGCCGUUUUGUUUCAUCAAAAAAAAAACAUUUUUUUUUUGUUAUUUUCCGAGUUUCUUACCAAAAACCCUCUAUGUUCCUUUAAAGUUCAAGACAAGUGCGUUCCUCUGAAAAUAUCCCCCGUGUUGCACUUUUUUCCGGCUCUUUUUCGCUCUCCUUCUUUUCCUCCCUAUGGCAAAGACUCCGCCUAUAUUCUUCUCUUCUUUUUUUUUGAUUCUCUAUAAUUUUCGCGAUAAGAAAAAUUGAACAAUAACGUUCGAUCAAUUAUUUUUUUUUGGGUUACCCAAUUUUCAUUUUUUUCAGAAAUCCAACUGAAACCGCUCAAAUGUGGCAAUCAGCUGGAUCUUCCGCGUCGGGAGAUCCAACUGUGCCGCCACCGCAACAACAACCAAUGUUACCCUAUGGGCAAAUGGAAGGCAACGCAUCGAUGUAUGAUCAGAAUAUUCAGCAGCAACAACAACAACAUCAUCAAAGAAUGAUGGCGAUGCGAAUGCAGCAACAACAAUAUCCUCCUGGACAAUCACAACAACCACCACAAAUGAUGAGAUAUCCGCCACAAUAUGCCGCCAAUCAGCAGCAAUAUCAGCAGAUGAUGAGGGCGAGAGCUGCUGCAGCCGCUGCACAUCCGCCACCACCUCCGCCGCAAUUGGGAAGGACGCAUGAGACACCGCAUGGAACUUUGGAGAAUGUGCAUUUUAGGCCGCAGAAUCCACCGCAGAUUAAUCCGAAUUUGGCGAUGGAUCGAUUGGCUGGACCAAUCAAUGGCCUAUAUGUUUAUGCGUCAGAACAUGUGAGUUUGGGGCAAAAAUUUCUAGAUAUUUUUGGAACACCUAAAAAUUCGAGAUCUCAGAUUUUUGAAAAAAUGGUUUUUUUUUUGAGAAAAUUGUUAAAUUUAGGCCCGAAAAUUUCACAGAUUACUGUAGAAUUUUAUUUUUUUUAUCCGAAUCUUUGUUAAAUUUUUUUUCGUGUGACAUUUUUUCAGAAAAGCCUUAUAAAAAAAUGUUUUUUUUCUCGAAAAUGCCCUUUCAAAAAUGUCACGCAAGAAAUUAAUUUUCUCAUAUACUUUUCCAAAAAAAAUUAAUCCGUAAUUUUUCCAAAACCUUUUCUCUUUCAGGUUGUCCUAGAAGAAUUCACAGCAAAAAUCGGAAGCUAUGGCGCCGAAUUCGAAAUCACAACAGAUGCAUUCAACAUGAUGAAAACAGCAAACUACGAUAUGCUUCUAACAGUUUGGACACCAAUGCAGUAUGCCGAACCCUCAGAAAUCACAAUAUAUAUAAAUGGUGCCAAUGUUCUGGCGACCACUGCAAAAUAUCACAGUUUCUUUCUCAAAGAAUUUUUGAAUCCCGGAAAGAAUGUGUUUCAAUUUGGAUAUAAUGCACGAAUUCAAAUGCAUCAGAUUACUUGCGAAUUUGUGUGUCGAAAAUCGAUUGCGGAACUUAGACAGAAAUUAUUUGAGACUGGAGAGGAUGUGAGACAAAAGUUGGAAAGUGCUAAAUAUCGAUGUGAGUAUUCUAGAGAAUUUAUUUAAAAACAAAAACAUUUUUAAAAAAAUUAAAAAUUCCAGAUCAAAGCAUGGCACAUUCUUCGCGAAACGGCUUGAUCCAAAUUCCCCUUUGGUGUGCCAUAACUCGAAAACGAAUGAUUAUUCCUGCCAGGCAUAAAAUGUGCACAACACCCCAAUGUUUCGAUAUGGCGAUUAUUUUGGCGCACAACCCUUACUCCACAAGAUAUUUCUGCAAUAUAUGUAACCAGUGGUUCAGAUUCUGUGAUGUUGAGAUUGAUCUCUUCCUUAAUCAACUUCUUAUUCAAUGUCAGGCAAAUCCAUUGAUAUCAGAGAUUAUUAUGGAUCGGAUGGGAAAUCCGAGACCUAUGGAGAUUGAAGCGCCGGCAGUUCCAGAGAAGGAGAAACCGAAAAAGGGAUCGAAGAAGCGACAACAGCAGCAGCAACAACAGCAAGAACAAGAAAACACCUUGAAAAGAAUCAAAUCCGAAACAUUCGUCAAACACGAGAACCCAAUGUUCGGUGGAGAUCUUCACACAUUCUCCCCAGCAAUGCCAGUUAGUGUGCCCUCAGAUGGUUGGCCCAAACACCACAGCCCAUAUGGUUUGCCAAGCCCGACAAAAGGCCUUGGCCCACCAACACCAGCCACACCGUCUUUGACAAUGCAUCCAACCAGUGUUGGCUCAUCGAUGUCGCACGAGAAUAUGGCGAAUGGUGGACACGUGGCGGCUGGCAGUGCCCCAUAUACACCAGUUAGUGUUGGAAGUAAUGCGUCGGAUAAGAAUUUUGAGAUCUCGGUGGAAGUUGAAGAUAUUUUCCGACCAAAGAUGGUGAGUUUCACAAAAAAAUUUUUGUUUUAAAAUUCAAAACCUUGAUUUUUUCCAGAGCAUUAUUGACAAUCCACAAUUGAUUCGACAAUUCCUCGAUGGCACCAAAGAUGUGGUUUUCGAAAAUUACAAGUGCCUAGAAUCGCCAACUCGGUAA